AUGGCGCUGGAGCUGCUCGCUCUUCCCAACGAUGGCGCCCCCAAGCUGCUUCUUGACAUAGGAUGUGGUUCUGGGCUUAGUGGUGAGACAUUGAUGGAGCAUGGCCACCACUGGAUUGUCUAUGAUAUUUCAAAGUCGAUGCUCGCACCAAUUAGAAAGGGAAGUGGGAGUUUAGAGGAGGGGAGCUUUCUAGAUAUCUUGCUCUGUUCUUUUCCCCAAGCAUCAGUCAGUUCAUCACCAACAAAGCAGCCGACAGAGAAUGAACAAAUGGUCAAUGAGAUGCUUCAUGAGGAUGCCAGUGCUUUCGCUGGCAGGUCUGAUAGUGCUAGUACUGCUGAGGAGUUCCAGAAGAAAGUGAGAAAAACCAUGGAGAAAGCUUUUUGGGAUAUGGUCACCAACUCCAUGAGAGGAGAAAGACCUGAUUAUAGUCAACUGAUCAACCUAGUGAAGGAAGUGAGGGAUUCAUUGCAUGACCUGGCUCCAAAAGAAUGGAAGGAGAAAAUUCUUGAGAACAUUGACCUUGAAAUUCUGUCUCAGGUACGACACACUUGGAUCAAGUUGAGGAAAUAUUUUAACUCUUGA